AUGGGAAGGAAACCUUGUUGCUCAAGAGAAGAUAUCAAUAGAGGAGCUUGGACAGCAGAGGAAGACAGGAUCCUUAAAGCCUACAUCAAAAACCAUGGAGAGGGGAGAUGGAGAAGCCUCCCCAAGAAAGCAGGCCUCAAGCGAUGUGGAAAGAGCUGCCGGCUCCGAUGGCUGAAUUAUCUUAGGCCUGACAUCAAGAGAGGGAACAUAACACAUGAAGAGGAGGAUCUUAUUAUUAGGCUACACAACCUCUUAGGAAACAAGUGGUCGCUGAUUGCCGGGCGAUUACCAGGGCGAACAGACAAUGAAAUCAAGAACUAUUGGAACACUUGUUUGAGGAAGAAGGUCCAAGGCCAGCACCAACUGAAAAGGUGUCAGCCACCAACCAAUGAGACACCACUUUUGGUUCGAACAAAGGCUAUUCGGUGUGCUAAGUUGUUCAUCACACCCCAGCAACACAUUGCUCAAAACCAAGAGGGAAAUGUAGCUAUCGAACCGGCCAUGAUCGGAGAGAUGGCUACCAGUAAGGCACCAAACUCCGAAUCCGGCAAACACUCCUCUUUCACUCCUGAAGAAGACACUUGGUGGGAUGUGUUGGUGGGACUGGAUAAGGGCAAUGUCUCCCCAUUAGAAGCUCCAGAUUUUGAUUUCAUGCGACUGUGUGGGAGUGAAUCACCAAGCAACUACUAUACCAGAAGAGAGGACUUUAAGAGGGUGUUUGAAGAGAUGAGUGAUACAACACUACCAGAUUUUGAACUGGAGCUCAAAUCAUUGGCCAAUUUCCUUGAUUGUGAAGAGGGAUGGCUUGGAGGAGAUCUUUAGGAUGAGAACCAAACAGAGGUGUCCUCCAAGUGAAAACAAAUAAUGCAUGCACAGGACUCACUGUGUUGAGCUCUCUAGUUAGAAAGCAGGGUCUACUUUUUCAUGGUGUAGCCAUCACCUUUGUGCUAAUAAAUGAGUAUAUUCCAUGAAUUCUCCUUUGUCAGGCAACUUCAGCAAUCCA